AAGGGUUCUAUCAAGCCAAAAGGCAAAAAACAACAUCUGACAAGCAGUCACGGUAAGCACAAGGCGAUUCCUGAUCUCAAUCGAUUGCGCUCACAAUUUCCCACAGAUCCUCUCCCAUGGCAGACAUCUUUCUCAGCAACGCCAUUGUGUCCGUCCAAGAAGACUGGCUUUGCGACAACUCAGAGUUCUUCAGAGUGUGCCUCCGUGGAGGCUGGAAGGAAACUACUACAAAGGCUGUCCACCUUGAACAUGUCGACGGCGAGACCUUCCUACUCCUUGUAGAGGUUAUGGAGCUUAUGCUGAGUUCGCCCAAUAUCAACAUUCGCCACCACUUUGAGAAAGCGUCCGAUUGCGUUAUCUCCUUCCUCCCAGACUCCCAGCCGCUCACAGCGUUCGCCCGCCUUGUGCGCCUUGCAGACUUCCUGCUGAUGACUAACCUCUACUUCUUCCUGCGACGCGUAUAGGAGACGCUCUGGCGCCGGUUACACAUGAGACCAAACGUGGUCGAUGAUGCGCGCAUAGCGAUUCUCGAGUGUGGUGACGACGACGUCCUCGCGCGGAUUAAAAACAACUGUAUCAUGGUCGCUUCCCGGAAAAGAUGAGGAAGGUCUUUGUCGACACGA